AUUUCAUGGUAAUUUUUUGAGUCAGGUUGUGGAUUGGACAGGAACUCCAUGACCUCCGCUACGAAUGUUCAUCAACCUUGGCGUAGAAGUUGUGAUUAGAUGUGGAAGACAAAUUAUGACAUUUGUAUCAACCCACAGAGAAUUUACUAAUUUGUUUUUAUAGUUUGUUUUAUGGAAAUGGUUUUACUUGCGAACGAUUUGAGUUGCCGGUCGCGUUUCGUGAGGCGGUCGUGUGAUUAAUUAAAAGUUUGUUGUUUUUCUUCAAUAUGUUGAUUCCUCGUCGAAAUCUGUUAAUUUUUUACAUUUUAACUUCGUGUCUGUGGCGUAUCGGGCUUAGUGAAAAUGAAAAUGUCCAUCUCCAAGUGCAACACGAGCCUUAUAAACCGAUAUCAUAUGCGAGUGGUAGCGCGAUCUCAAGAUCUAGGGCAGCGCUAAUAGAAGAACAAUCAGCUGGUAUCGAAGCAGGCCUGGGGGAGCACUGCAACGAGGACGUGGCGUGCCUGACUCAGGCGUCGCACGACAGGAUCGGCCUGGAGGCCAUCAAGUCCUUGCACCGCCAGCUCGAUGACGACGCCAACGGCAACAUCGACCUGUCCGAGUCGGACGAGUUCCUGCGGGAGGAGCUGAAGUACGAGCAGGGGUACGAGCCGCGGCAGAAGGCGUUCCACCGCAAUGACGACAUGCACAUCUCUGUCCGCGAGCUGUGGGAGGCCUGGAUCCGCUCCGAGGUUCACAACUGGACGGUGGAGCAAACCUCUGAGUGGCUAGCCACGAGCGUGGAGCUGCCCCAGUACAUUCCAAACUUCGUCACGCACCAGGUGACGGGUGCCACCCUGCCCAGGCUAGCAGUCACCAACAUGUACUAUUUGCACAAUGUCCUGGGGAUAAAGGACCCCAUCCACAAGCAGAAGAUAGCCCUCAAAGCGAUGGAUGUGGUACUGUUUGGACCGCCCAAAGAGUACAACCACCACGUGAAGGACGUGGUGCUGGUGACGCUCCUUCUGGGGGCGCUGAUGGGCUGCUGGUACGCGUACCGCCAGAACAAGAGCUCGCGUCGCCACCUGCACCGCAUGAUCAAGGACAUGGAGAGCCUGCAGAAGGCGGAGCUGGCCCUCGACCAUCUGCAGAAAGAGCUGGAGCGGGCCCGCCUAGAGCAGGAGAGCGUGGCGUCCCAGAAGGAGAACCUGGAACGCAAGCUCAUGGAGCAGGGCAACCAGCAGAUCUCGGAGCUGCGCACUUCAUGCUCCGACCUCGAGGUCACCCAGCUCAAGGACGAGAUCGAGCUGCUGCGCAAGGAGCUGCAGCGGGCGGAGGGGGAGCUGGAGGACCGCUGCUGGUCGCCGCCGCUCGGCCUGCAGCACUGGCUGCAGCUCACCCACGAGCUGGAGAACAAGGCCUACGUCAAGAAGAAGGUCGUCGCCGAGAAGCAGCUUCAGCUCGCCAGGGAGGCUUGUGAGAAGCUGAGGAAGAAGAGAUCUAGUCUAGUCGGUGCCUUUGUGUCAACUCACGGAAAGUCGAUAGAUGACGUGGAUCGAAGCAUCAUGGAAGCGAGAACGAUGCUGAAUGAGGUGACACAGGAACUGCAGGAGCGGGUGUACCGGUGGAAGCAGAUAGAGAUGCUGUGUGGGUUCAACAUCGUCAACAACAACGGCCUGGCGUACCUCGAGAACAUACUGUACCGCGGCCUGUCCAACGGACGCGGCAGCAUUAUUAGCGGCCUCAAAGGCCGGGUCAGCAACAGCCAGGACGACCUUGACGACGACUCCAGCUCCCUGUACUCUCCCGGGGCAGGCUGGAAGGAGGCUGACUCGUCUGGCAGCGAGACUGGCAAGCCCGAACCGGACGACGAGGUCAAGUUCGUGGUCGGAGGAGACGGCUGGGGGGACGAAGAGGCCGGCGGCAGGACGCAGCCCCGAGGCUCCAUGGUGCGCUGCAUGAGCCAGGACGUCAGCGGCGCGCUCGGCGGCAUGGAGUCGGUGCAGAUGAAGGUGUGUCAGUCGGAGGUGUCCCUGGACUCCCAGCGGCCGCCGCUGGCGAGGUCGCAGGCGGCCAAGAAGGUGUCCCGGGACCAGCGGGACAGCCAGCCCCCGGCCGUGGACGACGAGACCUACUCCACCGACUCCAACUCCACGACGGACGACGACCUCCGGCGCAGGAAGCGCAAGCUCUUCGCGUCCUUCCCCCGCAAGCACCGGCCCAAGAUGUCGUGAUGGGGCCCCGUCGCGUCCGCGCCUCCGGGCGGAAGACGCAGUCUCGCGCGCCUCCGGGGGGGGGAGUCCAGGAGCCUGCUUGUGCCUGAAGUUGCAGGGGUUUCGAUAUUCAACUUCGUCGCGUGAAUGUCUUUUCAAAAGAAUUUGAAGUUAUUAAUUUUGUCUACACACUUUUCAUUUUAGCGCACAAUUUUGUUAUUCCAGUUAGUAAUUUUUAUUGUUUUUUGUGAACCUUUGAAAAUAAUUAAACUUAUUAUUAUAAAUUCUAUGCUGAACUAUUAAUAAUUAGAAUCUCACUAGUUUAUAGAUAGUACUUUUACUGUAUUUUUGUAGAACUUAAGCUUGUAUUCGACCAAUGAAUUUUUUUAUCCUGUGUAAGACAGGAUGAUUCGGAGUACUUAUAAAAAAAACUGGUACACUUGUAAAUUUGAGAGGUUUUGAAAUUAGACUAGAAAGCUUCCAGUCGAAACCGGCGUUUUGUAAUGCUGAUUUCUCCAUCGUGCUUAACUCUGCCAACUACAUAGUUUCAGAGUUUGGAAUACCUCUGUGAUUGACGGGGCUGUUGGAUUUCAUCGUGCUUGAGUGACAUAAGUCGUCGGAAUUGGGAAGCGAGUUCGUCUAGAGCGAUCCAGCCGUAAGUGCGCCGGUGUGCUGGUCCGUGCAGUGUUUGCUGGAUGGGCGUCGCGUGAUGGUUGUGUGAUAAGUGUGGGGCAUCAGGCUGGCUAUGGUGCCUGUCCGUGUACACGUCCUCAUGGGAAACAGUGUUGCCACGUCGACUGCCAAAGUUCAUUCUUCUCUCUCUCUGAGAGACACAAAUUGGAGUAUUUCAUCGCUUACAGGGUGUGCCACAUAGUGCAGUGUGAGCUGGCCAUAUUUGACUACCGACAUCUAAUCAUGAGGCUUUCAAAAAUUUGGCAGGCGAAGAUUGUAUGUAUAAUUUUAUUCACUUCGUCCUUUAUAAGUAGAGAAAAUGUGCCUGAUUGUGGCGUUUUUGUGGUUGAUUGUAUUUACAAGCUAGGACAUUUGGCAAAGAGAACUGUUUCAAAUAUAAGGAGCGUCACCCCAGAAUGGCCCUUGGAACGUCGCAUAGCAGGGUAAUGGUCACACGCCAGUCACGUGUGUGUGUUUGGGAUGUUUGCGGAAAACGUACACCGUGGAGAGCAUGCAGUCAGUACCGAGCGAUCUUGAACAUUUUCAUGCAUGUUCGAACGUCCUCACCAACAUGCGUCGCCAAAAAUACAGUAGCUAUCUUUUCCAACUUUAGGGCCGCCUGGGCCUAGAUUAAUUUGUGUGCCCCUUACUUAUAUGUACACAUAUUAUUCACAGAGGAAUUCUGAUGUUAUCAAUGAAAUUGAAAAGUAAGCUAAUGACUUUAACAGAUAACCAGUGGAGUCCUGACAAUUUGCUAACGUAAAGUUUGUGUGCUACACAUACGGCUGUGUAUCUGCAACCUCGUAAGUCUGCCCGAUGCGUGUUGUUCACCAGUCGCUCAUUGGAGUGUUCCUUGGGUUACCUGCGACAUACCAGCAACUUUAGUGCUAACUUAAGAAACACUAUGAAAUACAGUUCAUUGCAAGUAAAAAAUGUGAUGGCUUUUCAGAAUAUCUUAUAAAGUAAAACCACGCUGUUACGACCUGUCACGGUUCCCGAGAAUAGGGUCGUAAUAAACAUUUUAGACCGAUGUUAUCUUUAAAAGAUUUGUGCAAUGGGAGUGCAUGACUUGAUGUAAGUUUUUGGACAUACGCCAUUGCUAAAAAAAGCUGAAAAAAGUUCUUAGCAAUGGCGUAUGUCCAAAAACUUACAUCAAGUCAUUUUAGACCGACUAACAGAUCUUUACAACCCCGCCAACUAGGUGUUGUGUUACCUUUGUUACUCAGAAAUUACUACUUGAAAAGCAAUAAACUAUGGAUCAUUUCACACCUUUAAAAUACUAAAACAUACCAAAUCAACUUUAUACUCGUAGUUUGACUAAGAAUUUAUACAUCAAUAAGUUUUUCCGCUCUCUCUUUGUUAAUAUUCUAUUUUAAAUGUAAUGUGUUUUGUCAAACAUGAUUUUUUUUGCAAUUGUAAAAAAGGAAUUUAAAAUUGCAACUAAUUGAUGAUAUACAAUAGUCUUAACUCGCCUCAAGAGCUGUGUGUUGGAGGGGUUAGCCAAUGUUAAUUGUCGUUAUUCCCAUUAUAAUUCUUCCACGCAAGCAGAAAUGUCGCCUUUAAUUGUUUACUCUAUGCACUGGACGUAAAAGGCGAAUGUCUUCAUUGUAUUGAAAAAGUUGUUAAACUUUUAGACCUGACUGUAAUGUCCAUGUACUUUACAUAUUUGUUGAGAGUUUUACGAGUAUCUGUGAUGUGUACAGACAUACUGUGUGUUCCAUUCCGAGUGUGAAUCCAUAAUGGUGUUAUAGUUUUUCCUCCUGUACUUUAAUAUGUAUUAAUUUUUUUAUUACAUAUAAUAAAUAAUUUGAUGCCUUAAAUCAAUAGUCUUCCAUGAUUUUGAUUGCAUGAUGGUUUCAAGAUAAUAGAUAAUAGGUUUUUGAGUGUGGAAGAUGUUUCUGAAACAUUUUAUGUUAUGAAUAAUUUGUAUUAGAAGCCUUAUAUGUAUACAUACACAUAUAUUUAUUUUUGUUUUCUGUAGUAAAUAUUGUUUUGUAGGAACAAUGUUGUAUUACUUGUUUGUUGUUUGGACAAGAUGGAUAGUGUUUAAAUUAUAUGUGAAUAUUUUAUCUGUAGAGUAAUUAGAUGGUGAUUUUUGGAUAUACUUUAUCAAUGAGUAGUUAGAUUUUUCUUUUGUGUUUUGCAAAUUUUGUCUCCAAAAAUAUUAUUUUAUAUGUGGGCAAUUUGUUGUUCCAUUAUCCACAUUGACUCCAUAAACUUGAAUGUUUUGACUAACAUUUUUUUUUAAUUAAUGGUAAAGAAAAUUAUUUAGGCCUAAUUGUAUUAUUAAUUGUAUGAAUUCCAUUCGUUCAACCUGUCUGCAAAACUCAAAUUGUAAAUAUUUUAAUUUUAAGUAUGAAUGAAAUAUUUUCAGUUUUGAUUGAAUGUAAUUAUGUGAAUGAUUUAUCUUAAAUAUGCUGCAAAUGAUUUGAGUUGGACGUUUUGCAGUCUGUAAUUGCACAAAAACUGCGUUGACCAGUGUUUGUACAUAUUGAUGUGGGUGUAAAUAGACUGUUAUGAAGUGUUGAAAUGAUGGGCCAUUUAAAUUAACAAAUGUCUCUGUAAGGACUCGUGUGCACCUACGUCAGUGUGUGUGCACAUGAAUACCAAAACUUUAUUCUGUUGGGGAAAGUACUUUUUUUAAAAAAUUCAAUCAGGCUCUUAGAUCUUAAAAUUGGAGGUUGUAAAAUUCACAGUCCAAAGAUACAUAUCUUCCAUGACUGUUAACCUGAGGUUAGUGAUUGCACAUAUGAAUUAAGUUGAAAUUUUAAAAUUGUUUUAGAUAAUUGAGAGAAAUUCUUACUUUUUUUUUUUUUUAAAAAAAGUAAGAAUUGGCAUAAUUUAGUGUUGGACUGAUUGUAAUUUAAUGACAUGUGUCAUGAUACUAGUACUUAGUACAUUACCGACAGUUUAUGCAACCUUGCCUUUGUGGAUCUGGGUUAUUUUUUGUUAUUUCUUUUACUAUGCCCAAGUGCAAUUUGUAUUUUUAGUCUUAUUUUGGGUAUUGUUUGCUCUUACUGGUUUUUGCAAAUAGACCAAAUGACAUUUAUUCCUGUGACUACGGUGCUGUAGAAAUUCUGAAAAGAAUCGAGUGACUAGGUGCAAUGUUUCUCUAAACAACGAAUAUUUAUAACAAUACGUGCACUGUUUGUAAUGAUUUUAGUGUAUUAAGCCACAAUUUAUGCCACAGUUAACAUUUUUGGCAUUUGCAAAAACCUUUGUGAAUCUGCUCAUUAAAUUAAUCCAAUGGACUUUUACACUGUAUUUUUCACAGUGAGUUGUAUGAUUUGUUCAAAAACAUUUGCAGUUAGUUAAUGUUGAGUUUGUGUGCAUGUAAAAGAGUUGUUGAUAUGCCAGUUAUUGCUUCUUUCAAUACAAAUGUAUAUGUCAAAAUUAUAUUUUUAAAAAAAUAGGUCAGUGACUGCCUAAUAUGUGCAACUAUUAAGAAACUUUGUUUUAGAGUUCAGAGUGAAGUAUUAUAUAAAUUAACCAAACAUUAAUACAUGUGUAAUAUAAUGCGUUGGUUGGUUCCGGUAGAAAUUGUAUCUCAGAAGUGUGGAUGUCAAUAUAGAUAAACAGAACGUCUUUUAAGAGCCGGUGUGUGUGGCACAACGCGUAGUUCUAACAUAUGCUCCGUAAGUUAAAUUACUGCAAAUGGCUGCGUCCUAUUUCGUGGAUAAGUUGUUUUCAUACACUUUCUCGUGUGCCUUCUGAUAAUUUUUUGAAGUAGCAGUAAAUAAGAGAUGUUGUAAAUUCGCCGCAUGUUUCUUGUCAAUGAACUACCAGUUUCAGCAUAUUUGUAGAAAUGAGGUAGACUCUUUUGUGGAAGAAAGUUGGCUUUUUUUUUUUUUUUUUAAUAUUUAUCGCCACGCCAAUUUUCGGGAAGAUUAACUGGAAGUUAUGCCUUUUGUAACAUCAUUAUUGCUUGGGUGGCAAAGAGAGAAAUGGAGAUGUGUUUAUUUUUGUAUUAUAUUUGUCGAGACCAAAUUAUGUAUUAUCGUGCGUGAUGCAAGGGAUGAGAUACGCUCUACUUCCACACUUGGUCCGGGCGCAGAACAACAUUCCCCCUCCGAGCGUCCCUGUCGUCAUGACUGGCUACAUUUAAGUUGUACAGUUGGUGAUGUUUCUGUGAGUUUGGCCCUGUGACCUGCACACUUUUGCUGCUUGCUUUCUUUCUUGUUGUGUAAUCUCUCUUCUCGAUCACAAUAUAUAUAUAUAUAUUUUUUUGUGAUAUGGCUGUGUUAAUAUAAAAAUAAAAUGAGGAGACAUGAUGUUGCAAAGAUGUACUUAGUUCGACCCUACCGUGGUGCGUGUUCAACCUGCGUGUUGUGUUUCAGAAGGUAUACACCUACAUAUAUUACGUAAAAAUUAAAAUUUGAAUUUUAUGUGAUUAUUGUAUUUUAGUAUACAGUGAGGUUUUGUAAAACAUUUUUUUUUUUCACUUAGUACUUUAAUAAAAUUAUAAAAUUGCAAAUUUUUUUUUCUCUUCAAUAAUUUAUGUUGCAUAAAAUUUUAGUUGAAUUAAUGACAGUAGCUGAAAGAAAGGCCCAUUGUGCAAAAUGAGAGGUUGAAAUUGAUGUAGCAAUAGUUUGUUCCAAGCUAUGCUGGCUAUCACAAUUUAUGAUUCUUUGUUGUUGUUGCUUUUAAAAUGAAAUGCAUAAAACUCGUCAAUUUUUUUUUAUAGAGAAACUUGUGAUUAAAUAAGGAUUGAGUUCAUCGUAAUCUACGGUGUCUUAUAUUCGAGUAAAUACCACAUUUCUAUGUUCAGAGUACAAUUAUUUCUUAAAACUUCACUAAUUAAAGAUUGACUUUGUAUUGUAUUCUGAUUUUUGUGUUGAGUCACAAAAAUACUUACAGUAACUAAGUAGCAAGCCUGUACAUGAUGUGCAUCGUUUCUGUUUAAAAGGAAUUCUGGUCCAACAAAUUAAUUCUCAAAGAAUAAGUUUAUUUCUUGUAGCACUUUUGUCCUAUUGGCCUCUCUUCCGGCCACUGUCGAAGUUCAGUCCGAUGUGUGAAAUGAACACGAACAAUGUAUAUUUUGUUAUGUAAAUAUGUAUGUAAUUAUUGUUCGAUCUGUAAAACAGACUCCUUACUAACAAAGAUGUGAAAUAGUAUUUUGAUUACUGGUAUCGUUCUUUUAAGUAUGUAAGUUAUAAAAUUCAUUAAAAAAAUAUAUUUGAA